AUGGCCAUUCAAAUCUCUUCUUCUCUUCUUUUUUCUUCUCUUCUUCCACUUUUCUUCUUCUUCUCCUCCUUGGAAAACAGCCAUGCCUCUCAGCCAACAAGGAAGGAUCCAGAAAUCAACCAUCUUCAUCUUCUUCACCUCAACUCUCUUCUUCCAUCAUCCUCUUGCACCUCUUCAACCCAAGAUUCCAAAAGAAAAGGAUCAUUGGAAGUGGUACACAAAUAUGGGCCAUGCUCCCAACAGAAUCAUGAUGAAACAAAGGUUACACACAGUGAUAUUCUGAAUCUAGACAAAGAAAGGGUGAAGUACAUCCAUUCUAGGAUCUCGAAGAACUUAGGCGGUGGUGGUGAAAGUGUGAAGGAAUUGGAUUCAGCAACCCUGCCAGCCAAGUCUGGUAGCCUUAUCGGGUCAGGAAACUACUUUGUGGUGGUUGGUCUUGGAACACCCAAGAGGGACUUGUCACUCAUUUUUGACACUGGUAGUGAUCUCACUUGGACUCAGUGUCAACCUUGUGCUCGUUCUUGUUACAAGCAACAAGAUGUAAUCUUUGAUCCAUCAAAGUCUUCUUCAUACUCCAACAUCUCAUGCACUUCUCCAGUCUGCACUCAACUCUCUUCUGCCACUGGAAAUGAUCCUGGAUGUUCUUCGUCUACAAAGGCAUGCAUCUAUGGCAUCCAAUAUGGUGACCAGUCCUUCUCUAUCGGCUACUUCAGUCGUGAACGCCUCACGGUAACUGCCACCGACGUCAUCGAUAACUUCCUCUUCGGUUGUGGCCAGAACAACCAAGGCCUCUUCGGUGGCUCCGCCGGUCUCAUCGGCCUUGGCCGCCACCCCAUCUCCUUCGUCCAGCAAACCACCUCCAAGUAUGGUAAAAUCUUCUCCUACUGUCUCCCCUCCACCUCUAGCUCCACCGGCUACCUCACCUUCGGCGCCGCCAACUCCCGCCGCCUCGUCUACACAUCCUUGUCCAGCACCUCGCGUAGCUCCUCCUUCUACGAACUCGACAUCGCCGCCAUCACUGUCGCUGGUGUCAAACUGUCUCUCACUCCCUCCCUCUUUUCCACUGGCGGUGUCAUCAUCGACUCGGGCACCGUCAUCACACGCCUCCCCCCCACUGCCUAUGCCGCCCUCCGCUCCGCCUUCCGCCAGGGCAUGUCCAAGUACCCCCCUGCUCCCGAGCUCUCCUUACUGGACACGUGUUACGAUCUCAGUGAGUACAAAGUGAUUUCCAUUCCCAAGAUAAGCUUUGUGUUCGGUGGCCCUGCCACAGUGGAGUUGCAGGCCCAAGGCAUACUCUAUGUGGCCAGCAUAAAGCAAGUUUGUUUGGCUUUUGCUCCAAACGGUGAUGAUAGUGAUGUCACCAUUUUUGGAAACGUUCAACAGAGAACCCUAGAGGUUGUGUAUGAUGUUGGAGGUGGAAGGAUAGGGUUUGGUGCUGGUGGGUGCAAGUGA